AUAAAAAAAAAAAAAAAAAAUCAACCUAACCUAGGAUCUACCUAUAUAAAAUCGUAGAUAUAUAAUUUAUAGAUAGAUAAUUAGUAUGUAAUAAAACAAGUGUUUUUUAAAUUACAAGAUACAAGAUUAUUAAUGAAUUGUACGCUAUGGAGUUGUUGAGGUCUACUAUUUUAAAUACCUUUUGGAAACCCACAGUAAACAUAGUGAGAACUCGUUACCAUGCUGACAAAACAAGACUUGUGAGAAGAUAUGGCUACGAGGAAAAACUUUGGAGUGGUGGAUUGUUACCUAGAUCCGAAGGAAGAAGAAUGCCUAUGCCGGAGUAUAGGCCUGCUAAUGCGUGGUCAGAGCGAAAGGCACUAUUUGGCCAGAAUGAUUACAUUGACAUCUUAGGUAAAGGUGAUUUGCAUCCAGUUAAGACAUUGUACAAUGUGCCUUCCUGGAUCAGAGGCGUUAGUGGACAUGAAUAUCAUAUUUUGCUACGAAAAAAGAAAAUGUGGGCUAAGACACCCACACCCUAUGCCCGUCCAACAAAAUGGAAGGAGAUUGAAAAGAGAUUAUCAUUUCUAUACAGAAAACUGAAUAGGAAAACUAAGACAGGUCACUCUCCUGAUUAAACUAUUUAUUUAUGUUAUUUCUAGGUAGAAUUUAAUCAAUGAAUUAGAUGAGUAAUAAAAAAGUGAACAUUCA